AUGGCCGCCGCGCCCUCGCUGGCCACGCUGCAGAACCUUGUCCGGCGCGACCCGGAUGGCUACACCGAGGAGGUCGGCCGGCGGCUGCGCCACUUCCAGUCGCUGCUCGCGCUCGUCGAGCAGCAGCCGGGGAGCAGCCCGGCCGACUUUCUGCCGCUGCUGAGCUUCGUCUCGCACAUCGCGGCGUGCUUUCCGUCGCUGAUGGCCGACCUGCCCGAGGGGCUCGGCCGCCUCCUCGAGGAGCGCCACGACGUCCUCGAGCCCGCCGUGCGGCGCGCGCUGCUGCAGGCGCUCGUCCUGCUGCGGAACCGCGGGAUGGUCCCGCCGCUCGCGCUGCUGCAGCGGUGCUUCCGGCUGUUCCGCUGCCGCGACAAGACGCUGCGCGCGCGGCUGUACGCCUACGUCGUGACCGACAUCAAGACAGCCAACCGCAAGGCGCGCGACCAGCCGCUCAACCGCGCGCUGCAGAACCACGUCAUCCACAUCCUGCAGGAGCCGAGCUCGGUGGGCGCAAAGUACGCGCUGCGCGCGAUGAUCGAGCUGUACCGCAGGCAGGUCUGGCGCGACGCCAAGACCGUCAACGUCAUCGCCUCCGCCCUCUUCUGCCCCCACCCAAAGCUGCGGAUCGCGGCGCUGCACUUUCUGCUCGGCGCGCACGACGCGCCGCGCGACGGGGAGGACUCGGAGGAGGAGGAGCUUCAGGAGGCGCGCGGCGCCGUCUCCAAGCUGCGCGAGCAGCUCGGCGGCAAGGACGGCUCGCACGAGUCUCGCCCCGGCCGCUGCGUCAACAAGAAGAAGCGCAAGCUGCAGCGCGCCAUGCGCUCGACCAAGUCACGAGGCAAGGCGGAGGCCGCGGCCUCGUUUGCGGCGCUCCACCUGCUGCACGGCCCCUCCGUGCUGCCCGGGUGCAGUAGGCAGGGAGCAGAAGAGGUAGGCGAGCAGCAGCGUGAUGUCGCGCUGGCGCGAGAGGAGGUUGAUCAUCAGCAGCCGCACCUCGAGUCGUCCACACUGCCCGAGUGUGAACGACUCGAGGUGCGGCUGCUGAUGAUCAACCUCCUCUCGCGCCUCGUCGGCGCGCACCGGCUGCAGCUGCCAAACUUCUUCCCGUACCUCCAGCGCUACCUGCAGCCUCACCAGCGCGACAUCACGCUGCUGCUCGCCUACCUCGCGAUCGAGGGCGAGGCCGUGGACCCGUUGGACAUCGCCGGCGUGCGGGCGCGCAAGGCGGCGACGCGCGAGGAGAAGCUGGCCUCGACGGUGGCGGGCCGCGAGGAGCGCGCCGCGUUCGGCCGGCGCAAGAAGAAGAAGACGGGCGGAAGCAGCAACCAGGAGAAGAAGAAGACCAAGAACUUCAUCAUGGCGACCAAGACGCGGCAGGUGCAAAACAAGGUGAAGCGGCGCGAGGAGCUGCAGCGCCGCGCUCGCCGGUCGAGCAAGAAGCAGUUCCGAGGUUCGGUGCGCAAGGGCCGGUAAGCAGCUUGCCCCGUUCGACUGGAGUGAGGUACGGUCCUGUUCGUCAGCUACGUUGCGCGUGCCUAAGAGCUAAGUGAGUUCGGCCGAUUUGGGUCAAAACGCUAAAAGCACUACGCCUAGGCGUAGAUUUGGGGCAAAACCACGACCGAAGUGGGCCCGCCCGGGGCAAAAUGGUAAAAGUGUAAAGUGGCGCGCCGCAGGCGCGCAAUCCGCAAAAACUAUAAACUUUGGAGAUUCUACUCUCCGUAACCGU